GCCAACGAACAAAUCAAAUUGAACUCGGCACGCGCACACGUCCGCGGCCGCCCGCACACCGCCAGCCAGCCAGCCAGCCAGCCAGCCAGCCGCUCCUCCCUCUGCAAAACCCUAGCGCCCUCUCUCUGUCUGUCUCCUCGUCGGCGAUGGCGGCUUCUGCUGGUCCGGCGGCGGCUGCGGUGGGAGAGGAGGAGGCCGGGGAGAGCCGGAAGCUCUUCGUCGGCGGGAUCCCGGCGGGGGCGCAGGAGCCCGAGCUGCGGGCCCACUUCGCGCGCUUCGGGGAGGUGCGCUCCGUCAUCGUCAUGCGGGACAGGGAGACGGGACACGGCCGCGGGUUCGGCUUCGUCGAGUUCGAGGACGAGGCCGCCGCAGCCGCCGCGCUCGGCGACGGGGACGCGCCAAGGCACUUCCUCUGCGGCCGCAUGGUGGACGUUAAGAGGGCAAGGACAAGGGCUCCGCGAAACCAGGGCGAGCAGCACUCCCAGCCUCAGCAGGCUGAACAAGGCCGGGGUCAGGGGAACCAGGACAAUCAGUCCCCCGCUGCUGGUAACGGUACCGCGGACAGCGACAACAACGUGAGCUAUGAUUCAAAAAAGGUGUUCAUUGGUGGUUUGCGGGAUAACAUCACCGAGGAGGAGUUCCGGUCUUACUUUGAGACGUUUGGCACUGUAACGGAUGUCGUGGUGAUUUAUGACAGCGCGACGAGCCGGUCGAGGGGGUUCGGUUUCGUCACCUUUGACUCGGAGGAAGCAGUGGGAAAGGUGAUGCGGCAGAGCUUUCAUAACCUAAACGGGACCAAGGUAGAGGCCAAGAUUGCUAUCCCCAAGGAUGAGGCGUAUUACCGUAACAGAGGCCGUGGCGCACGUCCCUUUGGUGGGAGGGGCCCUGCUGGCUAUGAAGGCUCCAUGUACCAACCAUACAAUGCUAGAUAUGGCCCAUACAAUGGCUACAUGCCACAACCUGUUCCUGCCCAGCCCUACUUUCCUGCCCCCUAUUUUGCUGUGGGGGCCUAUCCCUAUGGGAGUGGAUACCCAAGCCAAGGCGUCAUGACAAACGUUCCUGGCAUGAUGUCAAGGCGGAUUCCUCCGGCCUAUGGAACAUAUCCUCAAAUGUAUCCAGGGUUUAACCUUCUAUACAGAGCUGGUUAUGGUGGUGCAGCCACUUCUUUUCAGCAUGGAAUUAAUGGUGGAAGUGAUAACAAAAAGGAUCAAACGAGUGUAGAUAUGCAGCAAGUUGACAACACUUCUAGUGUUGCGACAAUGUUGGAACAUAUGAAGCUAGGUUCACAAUGACUUUCAGGACUAUUACUUCUACAAUGAUGACAGUGGAGUACAACAAUUGUUUGGGAACCCGCAACUGUGAAGACUUGAGCUGAGAUUCUUUGGUUGACAAGUAUAUCAUUAGAAUUCUUCAACAACUUACCUACCAUUCCUCUUCCUCCUGCCUGUAAACUGAAAGCAUGCAAGUUGCUGGCUGUUGACCUCACCCCUCUCCUCUUGUACCAAUGUUUAAAUUCUUAUUACGUCAUUUAAUGUAUCUGAAUCAGACUAUUCAAAUUCCGACCCUGAUCGCCUGCCUGCUCAACCCCGUUUGUUUCUGUUUCUGUU